AUGGGGUGUGCGCCGUCAUUCUUUGGGAUGUAUGUCGUUGUGUUGAUAUUAUGGAUGGUGUGGAUACCCCUCCACUUCACAUCUUCAAUCCCCUUUGACAUCGUCCCAAUCACUUUGCUCGCAAUUUUCACAAUCGCGUUUGUGGCACUCAUCGUACUCGGUGUUGUCAGGCGGCGAAAUGAUCUCCCGAUGUUUCCAACUCCAAUCUUCAUGGACAGAAAGCCGUUUCUGAUGAGGAGCUUUACUACAGUGGUGUUCAUCCAAUACGUCCUUGGGGAGGCUGUCCUCACCUUUUUGCCACCAUCUAAUAUGGCACUUUUUAUGUAUCGAGUGCUCCAUUUGGUAUGUCCUUUGUUACUUGGGUCUUUUGUGUUCUUUAUAAUCAAACGGAAAACAACUCUUUUGUACAUCACAACAGCUGUUUUGCUUCCACUAACGGCGUCGUAUUAUUCGCUAUGGAAUGCCUUUGGAGUUCAAUAUUACUUCUUUUAUGGGUUUUACAUAUUAUUCUCUAUUAUAUUGUGCCUGUUGGGAUGGAUGAUAUACCCAUCAAUACCAUCAGACGUCAUCACUGAAAUACAGUUGGACUAA